UGAGGUGACAUCUGGGGUCAUGUGGUCUUUGAUGUGUUGGCAUGUCCAAAUGUCAUUCCCCAUUCAUCUCCUGGAGGUAAAACAGCCUCGGGCAGCCUGAGCUGUAUUAUUUCCGCCUGGUUUUGCCUGUUGGUGAGGGCGCUCACCUUCUCCUUCCCGCCAUGCAGCUGCUAAUGAGAGCCACGUGGAUGAUGUCAGCGGCAGAACCUGGGACCGUUUGAUUGAUGCCUGGGGCUGGCCCGGACUUUGUUUGUUGUCACGUCGAGGGUGCACUGAUGAUAGCAACCCCCGGUGUUAAAUGAAUGAAAUCCGUCAUCCACACGUUUUAUUAAACACUUAAAUAUUGAAUUCUUGCCCUAUAACCCUCGCUCCUGGCAGAAUAUAAUAUAUAUAUAAUGUAUACAGUGCUUGGAGCCACACCCAUGGUGUGGCAUAAGGCAUGAGAAUGUCGUAACUGCAACGAGCAAGUCAGUGGAGCAGUGAACCUGGCCCUGAGCAAAAGCCAUCGGUAAUGUAACAUGUUUAACGGAGUGUCCUGCGCCCUACUAGAUAUUGCGAUUGCUUGCCUCCUUGUCUGAGCCAUCCGAGGAGACCCACUGGUCCUCUAAUGAAAACGUCUCACAUGGUGAACCAAUCGGUCCGUCUGAAGAAAAUAAAUGUUCUUCUGUUCCUGCAACGGAAGAAGGGAAUUCAAUAACAACUUAAAAGCAAAAACCUAAUUCUCUGUUAUCUUUACAGUCUCUAAUGGACUCUAAUGCUUGCUUAUGCCUGCUCUUUGCAGUUUGAUUGCAGUAGCGCACAGGGGGAACGGGGGCUCAUUUCCCAUGCCCUACUUCAAUUUGCAAACCUAAUCUAGAAGUACUGUUUUUUUCCAAAUAAAAACCUGCAUAGAUACAAACAAAAACACACAGACAUUCACAAACGCACACAAACACACACACACACUCUGAAACAAUAUUGCCUCUAUUUAAUAGAGUUGUGCCACUGUGGAAUAAGGACGUGGUUGUUAGUUGGCUUGUAAUUUGGCGCAAAUCGACACAAACACACACACAAACACGCACGCACGCACGCACGCACACACACACACACACACACACACACACACACACACACACACACACACACACACACACACACACACACACACACACACACACACACACACACACACAGACUGCUACACACUAUAACAAAUGUUGACUAUGUCCCAGUGGCUGACUCUUUCCAUCCUGUUGGAGAUGAAUCUGGCCCAACAUGUUAUUUGUCUACGGAGAAGAGAGGGGUACCACCACAUGCCUCUGCCUUGCAUUCCUUUUCUGCAGUCAAGUGUGAACAUAUAAGUGAAUAUGCUGGGGGAGGAGUCCUGAUAAGGAUAUACGGGUGGGAGGGAGAGAGAGAGACACACACAGAGAGAGGGAGAGCAAUGGAGAAAGAGAGAGUGCAGGGGAGAGAGAGAGAAAAAAGGGAGCGAGUGAGCUAGGGAGGGAGCGAGAGACAGAGAGAGGGAGAAAAAGAACCCGGGAAAGAGAGAGAGGGAGAGAGAGAGAGCAAGGAAGAGAGAGACAUAGAGCGAGGGGCUUGCUUUGAGAGGUAGAGAGCGAGCAAGGGAAACAGGCAGAUUUAGAGAGAGCCAUUGAGAGAGAGAUGCUAACAUCCCAGGCAGAUAUCGAUGUACAAAGGAGAAAUAUAGAUUCAGAUGUGUUAUGAUAGCUGGGGAACACCGCUGCUAGUUUGAAGAGGAAUCCCAAAGCACUGCUUCCAACUAGUCCAGAUUUGCAUCUAAACAUGUCUGAUUUGGAGGACUUCAGCAAACUCGGAGGGCCGUCCUCCAACGUGUCCGACAGCUACCAGCUGAACCCGACCAGCGUCGUCGUCUCCGUGGUCUUCUCGCUCAUCUUCCUGCUGGGCACCGUCGGCAACAGCCUGGUGCUGGCCGUCCUGCUACGCAGCGGGCAGGUCGGCUACAACACCACCAACCUGUUCAUACUCAACCUCAGCGUGGCCGAUUUCUUCUUCAUCAUCUUCUGCGUGCCUUUCCAAGCCACCAUCUACUCCCUGGAAGGAUGGGUGUUCGGCUCGUUCAUGUGCAAGGUGGUGCACUUCUUCAUCAACCUCACCAUGUACGCCAGCAGCUUCACACUAGCGGCCGUGUCCGUGGACAGGUAUCUGGCCAUCCGAUACCCCCUGCGCUCCAGAGAGUUGCGGACCCCCUGCAACGCCGUGGUCGCAAUGGUGGUCAUCUGGGGUCUGUCCUUGGUGUUCGCCGGGCCCUACCUCAGCUACUACGACCUCAUCGAUUACGACAACAGCACCGUGUGCAUCCCCGGAUGGGAAGCCCACAACCGCAAAGUCCUGGACACGUGCACCUUCAUGUUCGGCUACGUCAUCCCCGUGCUGAUCGUGAGCCUGUCCUACACCCGGACGAUCAAGUACCUGUGGACCGCCGUGGACCCCCUGGACGGCAUGUCGGAGUCCAAGCGGGCCAAGCGCAAGGUCACCAAGAUGAUCAUCAUCGUGACGGUGCUGUUCUGCAUCUGCUGGCUGCCGUACCACGUGGUGAUCCUGUGCUACCUGUACGGCGACUUCCCCUUCAACCCCACCACCUACGCCAUCCGGAUCCUGUCGCACUGCAUGGCCUACGCCAACUCCUGCCUCAACCCCAUCGUGUACGCCCUGGUGUCCAAGCACUUCCGCAAGGGCUUCAAGAAGGUGUUCAGCUGCAUCCUGAGCAGCAAGAAGGGCCGCAACAAGGUGCACGUGAUGCACGUGGCCAACACGGCGCCGGGCUUCGAGGCGGGCUCCACCGAGGUGUCCCAGAUGCACGAGGAGAACGCGGCGGCGCGCUCCGACGCGUGCGAGAUGGUCAGCAGGCCCGCGGUGGAGCCACGCGAGGCCGCUGUGACUCUGAACCUGCCUCUGCAGAGGCAGCCCUGACAACGCCUGCGGCGCGAAGAGCGGCGUGUCCGUACCGGUGGAGCGACUGCGGUCGCGUAGCAGUUCAUUGAGGGCUUGCGUUGAAGGUCACCAGAAGGGGUUCGUAGCAGCUCUGAAAGGUGUGCGGUAAACAUGGGCUACGCAGGGAACUCUGAUUAGAUGUGCGGUAUGAACAGACUUUUUGCCAAACUUGUAAGGACAAGGGUUCAGAAUGGAUCCCAGGGCGAGGUAGCCUUACUGCAUAGAUGCUGCAGUAGAUAUUUUGUAAAGUAGUGAAAAAAUACUGUGAUAGCUCAUCCUCAGUGUUUUUUUAAGCUGGCGUGUAAGGGGAGGAGAGGAACAGACCGAUGACUCAUCCUGAAUCCUUAAUGUAGACAUCCGUUGCCCAGUUGUAAUUUGUUCGUCAUCCUUGCAUGGACUGUGGAGCAUACAGUGUUGUCGGCUGUGUAAUUGCAUAAGGGUACAGUUACGCACCCCCAUCAACUGAAAUAUCCUCUAUAAUCAGUAUUUUUCUUCUCUAAAUGCCAGAACCUCUUAGUAGCUCUAUCUCUGUGACCUGAAUUGUUUUGUUCUCCCUGUAUCCUACCUCACUGUGGUUAAAACCAUCUCGCAUCCUGGCCUUGCAAAAUCCCUCCACUUCUGAGAUUGUGGGAGAUGUAAUUAUCCUUUGGGAAGGGUGAAUGCUGUUUUUGCCUAUUCUAUAAAGGCUUUUUUUAAUACUGAAUAUUAUCUGUGGUUUGGCCUGCUGCCUUUGUAAAUGAAUUUCCAAGUGUCCAUUGC